ACACUGGCAGUACGAGCAAGGAUGGCCGGUAAACAACAGCCACCUUACCUGAACCUAGCUGAACUCACCGCCUCCCAGUUCCUGGAAAUCUGGAAGCAUUAUGAUGCAGACGGGAAUGGCUACAUUGAAGGGAAAGAGCUGGAGAACUUCAUUCGGGAACUGCAGCGAGUGAGGAGAGGGGCCGGUGUGGAGAUACAGAUGAAAGAAUUUAUGGAAAAAUAUGACAAGAAUGCGGAUGGCAGGAUUGAGAUCGCAGAGCUGGCCCAGAUACUUCCAACAGAAGAGAACUUCCUCUUAUGUUUCCGACAGUGCGUACGGUCCAGUGCGGAGUUUAUGGAGACCUGGAGGAAAUAUGAUGCAGACUGUAGUGGAUACAUCGAAGCAAAUGAACUGAAGAGCUUCUUACUGGAUUUGUUAAAGAAGGCAAACAGACACUACGAUGACAAGAAGUUACAGGAGUAUACUCAGACCAUACUGAAAAUAUUUGAUGCGAAUGGAGAUGGAAAAUUGGGCCUUUCAGAAAUGGCACGUUUAUUACCUGUUCAGGAAAACUUUUUGCUGAGGUUUCAGGGGAUGAAGCUGAGUGCAGAGGAGUUCAAUGCAAUAUUCACAUUUUAUGACAGGGAUGGAAAUGGCUAUAUCGAUAGUAAUGAGCUGGAUGCACUACUGAAAGAUUUAUAUGAGAAAAACAAAAAGGAGAUGGAUAUUAAGAAACUGACUGCAUACAAGAAAAAUAUCUUGUCUCUCUCGCAUGGUGGAAAGCUGUAUCGACGGGAGCUGGAAAUGAUUUUGUGCACAGAGCCACUGUAGGGAGUACCUCUUCAACAAAGAACGUGCUCCACCCUACACCAUUCAGUCCACAGCCUCACCUCACCUCACCCAACAUCACUCCACCCCAGCGCAUGUGCAGGGUGUCCUAAAAACCACAAAUGUGCUUGUAUUGCAGAUUAAGAAAUGCCACUAAGGGACAGGCAUCAAAGCUGAGGUGUGAACUCACUCAUAAUGGCUGUCCAUUAUUUUCUAUAUAUCUCCCUUUGCUCAGCAUUUUAAAGCAACAGAUAAUAGAUACAUAUAUAUAUACAGAAUAUAUAUAGAAGUAUUUUGAGUCUUGGUAAAUGCUGUUGUUUGCCAAAGGUAAGCCUGAGAUUUACAGCAGAAAGCCAAUUAUCCAAAAGACAAUUAAUUGAAGUCAUUUUUAUUUGCUACUCUGCUCUUUUUACUCAGUUGUCCCAGCUGCAGUGACUCCAGAAUUCACACAGUGUUCCUAAUGCAAACCACAAACCUAGAAGUUGAGAUCUAUCCAUAAUGGUGUGCAUGGGGAGCUCAAAGGAUUUUUGUAUUGGCCAUCCUGGAUUUUCUCUGCUUUCCCAUGAGGAAUCACCUAGGUUACUUCAGACUCCCCCUAAAUGGCUCACUGAGACAAAAGAUUUCAAUACCAGACAGUGGGGGAUCACAAACUACAGUAAGUUCAGAAUCAGGAGGUACCUCUUAAAAGGCUAAUAAUUUUGAGAAUAAGUUACCAGGGCAAGGCACAGUAGUAUUUCUUCUGAGCAAAUGGACUGAAAACAAUGGUGAGAAAAUAACAAUGUAACGAGAGGCAGGGCAGGAAAAUACCUGAUCUGUUGGACAGAAUGCUCUGACUGUCUUUCUAAACAAGGCAGGAGGCAGGAACAGCAAAAAAUAGUUGGUCUAUAUCGCAGAUACCAGUCAGUCUCUCAAAUAGAAUAUAGUAUCUGGCACACACCAAACUUCAUGGAGGUUUCUUUUGGUAUAGAUAUGGCAACACCUGGUACUUUAAAUAUAACCAUUACAGUUGGUCAGAAAAGUUCAGCGAUAUAAAUGUAAACAUUACAGCCUGUCAGAGCCAGUGAUAUAAAUGUAACCAUUACAGUCUGUCAAGGGUCAGAGAUAUAAAUAUAAUCAUUACAGUCAGUCAGGGGCCAGCGAUAUCAAUAUAACCAUUACAGUCUGUCAGAUAUCAGUGAUGUAAAUAUAAUUAUUACAUCCUGUCAGGGAUGUAACUAGAACCAAUAAAGUAUGUCACAGGUCAUUGAUAUUAAUUUAACCAUUACAGUCUGUUAGAAGUCAAAGAUGUAAAUAGGACCAUUACAGUGUUUCAGAAGUGUAAAUAUAAUCAUUACAUUGUCAGAGGCCAGUGAUAUAACAUGACUAUUAGUCUGUCAGGAAAACAAAUAUAACCAGUACAGUCUGUCAGGGGUCAGAGAUAUAAACAUAACCAUUACAGUCUGUCAGGGGUCAGAGAUAUAAAUAUAACCAUUGCAGCCUGACAGGGGUCAGAGAUAUAACUAUAACCAUUACAGUCUGUCAGGGGUCAGAGAUAUAAAUACAACCAUUACAGUCUGACACCGUCUAAUUGGAUGGUUAUAGUUUUAACUAUUCUAUCCAGCAGACCACUACAAAUGUCGCUUACUCUUUCUGUGACAAUAAACUUUCUGAGAGCAAUUAUAAAUUUGCUCUUUACUAAUUUGACCGUAAAUCCUUUGGUUAUACUCUCGCAAUUUAACGUACAUUUCUGAAAGUCCCUUUCAAUUUGAUUGCCUGCUAUCCCCCUUGCAAUUCCUAUCUCAGAAUCCUCCUUUUCUGAGUUUCUCUAGUCAUUCCUCAUAAUUCAGACCCCUGAUGCCGAAGAUUAUUCCUGUGGUUCUCCCACACACUUCCUCCAACACCUGAUGUUUCAGUUGUGUCUUAGCAACCAGAGUCAGAUGUGAUGUUGAGAUUGUUUAUUAGAACACCAUACUGCUGAAUCACAGUUUGAGUUAUCUUUGACUAUUUUUCCAGAAUUCAUUACUUAGCCUGUGCAUCAGAGGAUUGGUAAUGCAAAUUAUGUACAUAAGAGAUUGGAGGAAUAUUGAGACCUGCUGGUUAAUUUACUAUGUACAACUCACUAUGACAAAAUUUGAUAUUUAGCUGAUGGUUAAAUGGUUCUCAUAAUUCAUGAAUCAUUUCAGAUCUUGGCAUUCUAGUUUCCAGAAUGUUUCCAAAGUUGCUGAUUGCAUUGAUCCACCAUCAUAAACAUGGUAAUUGAUCUGGAAAUGAAAUUGUACCGUGAACUGAGAUAACUGUUAUGUUACUGGCUAACAAUAGUUCUUAAAAGACUGACAAAUGACAGAAGGUGGAUCAUAAAAACGCUUUCUGAUGCUCAAGUGAACCACAACCAUUUGGAAGGACUCAGCUUUUGUAUUUGGUCUGUGCUAUUUGCAGCCAAUAUUUGAGUUGGCAAUAUUGAGCUAUGUAGGCUUUGAAACAAAAGGGCAAUAUUCCUACUCUUUACCACUGCCCAGUGACCUCUAAUAGAAAAUGUUUGAGUUUGAGGUACACAAUGAACAGGAUCAGGCUUGUCUGGGAUCUGCCUCAAGGUUAAAUAACCUGCUAACUCUUGUUGCCAGGUGAAGUGGCAGAGAACUAUCAAUAUCUCUGGCAAUGUGUCAAAGGAACAAUAAGUCCUUCCAAUAAGUAGAGACAAUUAAGGGUUAAAAUUAAACAUCCAAAUUAUACUUUCGACAAACCAUCACAGUCUGAUAUAACUGGCUUUCUGCUGGCCACUGAGGUCUUUCUUUUUGCUUGUUUUGUCAGUUGUUUUCAGUUUCUCCCCCUCGCCUACUUUUACUGUUUUAUAGACAGUUGUGAAGCCUCCUGUUUAGAUGAUCUGUUACAAUGCCCAUUCUUUCUAGUGAGUUGUAAUGUUUGUUUCUUAUUCUGUGGCUAUGAAGCAAUGUUGCCCCAAAUCAAUCAAAAACCUUUUAAAUUGAA